AUGAAGCUGACUCUGGUGCAGAUCUUCUUCAUGAUGUUGUUGCUGCUGCUGGGCCUAGGGGUGGGCCUGGGCUUGGGACUCCAGAUGGCAGCAGCCGUCCUGGAGGAAAGUGACCAGCUACUGGAUGAGUUUCUGUCCAGUGACUCACAGGACAAAGUUGAGGCCACUAAGGAAGGACUGGACAGCCGAAGCGUGGAAACCCUGCUGGUUAGCAACAAAGAAGUGGUGCAACCAGAAGACACCAUCACCAGUGAAGAUGAAGUUGGCGGAGACAGGAUGCUCAGAGCUGAGGUUCUUUUAGAGAACAAAGACUAUCUUAGGUCUGACAUGAUGGAUAGGGAAUGCAAUGCCCUGAUGGCACCGAAGUUGAAGUCAAAAGACCACGCAUGCAUACCCCAAUACAUAUUUAUCCAUGAGGAACUAGAAGCAGUCAAAGCUGUCUGUAAGAGUCCUGCUGUUGCCUGUGAUCUCAAGGGAGGCAAAUGCCACAAAAGCCCCCGUCCUUUUGAUUUGACAUUCUGCAAGUUAUCCAAAUCAGGCCAAGUGAUUCCUCACUGUAAUUAUGUAACUUUUAUUCUUGAAAAGUACAUUCUUAUGUCCUGUAGUGACAUGAAAGUCCAGAUAACAUCUGAAUCAUGA